AUGAAGCUGAUUAACUAUCGCAGAGGUAACUAUAACUCUUGCGUUCCAUGCAUUGUAUCUGGAAGUCAUGUCAAAGUAUUCAGUGACUGUUCCAAGAAAAUGAUACUGAAGUCUGAGAAGCUCUUCAGGGAGAAAGAAGUUUCAAGCAGAGGAGAUGACACGAUUGAGUUGGAUCUUGAAGCAAUGUACUCAAGUUUGGCUCUUGAUAUUGUAGGGCUUAGUGUGUUCAACUACGACUUUGUCUCUGUCUCAAGAGAGUCCCUUGUAAUUAAGAACAUUCCUUUAGCCAAAUGGAUAGUUCCAAGGCAAAGAAAGUUCCAAAACGAUCUCAAGAUUAUAAACGAUUGCCUUGAUGGACUCAUUCAAAACGCAAAAGAGACAAGACUGGAAGCAGAUGUAGAGAAGCUCCAGCAACGUGACUACUCGAAUCUCAAGGUUAUGAAAGUGUUUUGA